UCCCGCUGCUGGGGGGGGGCGGGGAAAUGGGGAUGCCGAGACCAGCGAUGAUCGAACCGGGGGCACCGGGGUUGGCCCCACCGGGGGGGAACUGGGAGCACCGGGACUGCGGAUGGCUCGUCCACGGAGGAACCGGGGACACCGGGGCUGGUCCCACCGGGGGGCACCGGGGCUGCUCUGACCAGGGGGAGCGGGGGGGGGGGUCCCCACCUCACCCCCCACAUACCCUGACAGCAGCCCCCGGGCAGGAGCGGGGUCCCGGAGCCCCCCCCGGGGCCCUGGAGCCCCCCGCCCCCCCCCGGGGAGGGUCUCACUUUCCUGCAGGAGACCGCACGGAUGCUGGCGACCCCCGAGCCCCCCCCGGCACCUCCCGCCGCCCCCCCGGAGCACCCCAGGCUCCCCCUGACCCCCGCCAGUGGCCCCGAUGCUCUCAGCCUCAUCAGCCUCCAGUGCCGGCACCUGGCUGGUGGCACCGGUAACGGCACCAGUAACGGCACCGGUAACGGCAUCGGGAUCACUACUGGCACCAGUACCGGCAGCGGGCGGCGGCGCAAGCAGGCAGCCCCCCGGCGCGGCGCUGAGCCCUGGGACCCCUCUUUCCGUGGGGUGACCCUCCGCAUGCGCCUGGGCCUCCCCACCGGCAGCGCCGAAGGCUGUCGUCUCCUCAUCACCGCCCGCGGCAGCAGGUACCGGGCCCCGGCCUUGCUGUCCGUCUGUCUGGCUGUGCCUUUGGUACCUCCGGCUGCUCCAUCUGUCUGUCCGGAUGCACUUUUGGGAAUCCCCAGACUUUUGGCUGCACAGUCCGUCUGUCUGGAUCCAUCCCUGGACCAUGGGCUGCUCCGUCCGUCUGUCUGGAUUCACGUUUGGGUACCCCCAGACUUCUGGCUGCCUCGUCCGUCUGUCUGGAUGCACCCCCAGACCUUGUCCUGCCCCGUCCGUCUGUCUGGAUGCAUCCCUGGGCUGCUCUGUCUAGCUGGAUGCACCUCCUUCAGGCAUCCCUGGAACUUGGGUUGUAUUGUCUGUCUGUCCGGCUGCACCUCUGGGCACCUGGGGCUGCUCUGUCCAUCUGUCUGGCCGCACCUUCCCUCCCUGCAACCCCUUCCCCACCAGACCAGAGUCCCUUUCCCCUUCCCCACCGGGGACCUGGCAGCCCCCCAGGGGUGGGAUCCCCCAGUUCCAGGGGUCCCCCACCCCGGGGGGGGUGUCCCCCACUCUGGGGCGGGUCCCCGAUUCCGGGGGGGUCCCCGCACUCCCCCGACCCCCUUUUCCUGCAGGGGUCUCAGCCGGAGCCGGGGGAGCAGCCCCCCAGCCGGGCCCCCCAGGGCGGGCAGCAGCUCAGAAGACGAUGCUCCCCUCGCCCAGGGGAGCAAGCGCUGCGCCUCCUGCAAGACGCGCCGGACCCCGCUCUGGCGAGCGGCUGAGAACGGGACCCCCCUUUGCAACGCCUGCGGCAUCAGGUACAAGAAGUACCGGGUGCGGUGCCGGCGGUGCUGGAACAUCCCCGGGAAGAGCGGGACCCCCCGGCCCCAGUGUCCCCACUGCGGGGAGCGGUGUCACCCGGCCGGCGGCGGGAGGAGGUGACGGCGACGACCCCGGCGCUGGCGAGGGGACGUUGGUGGCAGCGGGGUGACAGCGGUGGAGAGCUGGUGGGGGGCUGGGGGGUGUCAGGGUGCUGGUUGGUCCCGUGGGAGCAAUUAAAUGUCCUGGUGCUGAUGGCA